AUGGUUAUAAACAGCUCUGGCACGGAUAGAUAUACCAAUGGAGUUGUUGAUAUUCAUAGGACUGCCGACUCAGUUCAGGCCAAUUCUCUUGGUGAAGACAAUGCCAUCCCCGAUAUUGGAGCUAUAGAUGGUGCGUCCCAAACCUCACUUCAAGCCCCGAUUGCCGUGGUUGGAAUGGCCUGUAGACUCCCCAAUGACUGCCAUUCCCCAGAGGCAUUCUGGAGAUUUAUUGAGCGAGGCAGCAUCGCAAAAAACCGACCUCCUCCUUCUAGGUUCAACAUUGAUACUCAUUACGAUGGAUCCUUGAAGAACAAGACGAUGGCCUCUCCGGGAGGGAUGUUCCUCCAAGGAAUUGACGUGCAGGAUAUUGAUGCCCAGUUCUUUAAGCUCCCUCGACUGGAGGCCAUGUCUAUGGACCCCCAGCAGCGUCAAUUAUUGGAGGUUGUUUAUGAGGGCCUCGAAAACGCGGGUGUUACGCUCGAGCAACUGGACGAGUCACCCGUCGGUUGCUUUGUCGGUUCAUUUGCCUGUGAUUAUGGGGACAUGCAAGCCCGAGACCCAGAGAACAGAGGCACUACGACGACGGUUGGAAUUGGACGUGCUAUGUUGAGCAACCGAAUCAGUCACUUUCUGAACAUCAAGGGUCCUAGUAUGACUAUAGAUACAGCCUGCUCCGGUACAUUGACCGGUGUCGAUAUCGCGAGUAGAUAUCUCCAAACUCGUGAGAUCAACGGUGCUAUCGUUGCCGGCGCCAAUAUCUAUCUCAGCCCUGAGCAUGUUAUGGACCACCACUUUGGUGCCAAUGGAACAGCCUCGCUGUCAGGAAAAUGUCACACGUUUGAUGCUAAGGCAGACGGCUAUAUCAAAGCUGAAGCAGUUAAUAUGGUCUAUCUCAAACGUCUCGAUGAUGCCCUCCGUGACGGUGAUCCCAUUCGUGCCGUCCUACGCGGUACUGCGACUGGGAGUGAUGGCUGGACAGCCGGUAUUGCCAGCCCCAACUCACAAGCCCAGGCAACCGCCGUUCGGCAGGCGUAUGCAAAUGCUGGUAUUUCUGACUUGUCAUUGACCAGUUACAUCGAAUGUCAUGGAACUGGCACCAAAGCUGGUGAUGUGAUUGAGGUGAACGGUAUUGCAUCGGUGUUUAGCAAACAUCGAACUCCGGACAACCCCUUACGGAUUGGAUCAGUCAAAAGCAAUAUCGGUCACUCGGAGCCCGCAGCGGGAAUCUCGGGUUUGUUGAAAACAAUUCUCGCCCUUGAGAGGGGUGUUAUCCCUGGAAACCCCACAUUCCUAACCCCAAACCCUAAUAUCGACUUUGACAAGCUUUGCCUACGUCCCUCGCAAGCCACAACGAAUUGGCCUGCCGUUCCCUUCCGACGAGCUAGUGUGAACUCCUUCGGAUAUGGUGGCUCCAAUGCCCAUGUCAUUGUUGAUGCUGCAACUGGACUCAGCAAGCAUGUCACCUCUUACACACCCGAAAGCGACGAUAUCUUUGCAGACGAUGCAGGUCCGGAGAGACCUUAUCUUUUGGUCCUCUCGGCCAACGACGAGAAUUCCCUCCGGGCUCAAGUAACAUCGCUAGACAAACAUCUCUCGGAUCCUGCUGUUGGAGUGAAGAUCCGAGAUUUGGCGCACACACUCUCCAAUCACCGUACACGGCAUUAUCAUCGAGGAUAUCUGAUCGCUAACAGCAAUUCUAUCGACGUUGAUGAUGUGACUAUGGGAACACCUCGGUCGGAUCCACCCAGAAUUGGCUUUGUGUUCACUGGACAGGGCGCUCAAUGGGUGCAGAUGGGCAAGGAUCUUAUUACAUUCCCUGUUGCCAAGAGAGAGUUGGAGCAUUUAGACAAUGUCCUGGGAAACCUGUCCGAGCCUCCCCAGUGGUCGCUUAUCGAUAAACUGGUCAACCCUCAAAGCGCCGAGGACCUCCGUGAUCCUGAACUCUCACAGCCCCUUGUGACCGCUCUUCAGCUUGCUAUUCUGGCAGUUCUGGACGGUUCUGGCGUCAAAUGCAGCUCUGUUGUUGGCCACUCAUCUGGAGAAAUUGCAGCUGCUGUCAUGGCUGGUAGGAUCACUGCCGAGCAGGCCAUCAAGAUCGCUUACUACCGAGGCAAGGCAACUUCAAAUGCUCAGUUCGAAACAGAAGUCGGUAUGCUUGCGACUGGACUAGGGGCUGAAUCGGUACAACCCUAUCUGAAAACCACAUCCAUUCAGAUCGCCUGUAUCAACAGCCCAGAUAGUGUAACACUUUCUGGGGUCCGCUCGGAACUGCAAACCGUUGAACAGAAGAUCAAGGCUGACGGCCACUUUGCUCGUCUGCUUCUGGUAAAUGCGGCGUACCAUUCUAGACAUAUGAACGUGGUGGCGGACGAGUACCAGACAUUGUUAGAAAGGCACGUUAACUGGCAGCAGCCAUCUUUCAAGUCUGCAACUAUGAUUUCGUCCACCUCGGGGGAAAUAGUUGAGGAUGACCUCGGCCCGAGCUAUUGGGUGCGUAACAUGGUCUCGCCAGUUCUGUUCAGCCAAGCCAUUCAGCGUAUGAUAUCCCCAUCAGAUGGCGUGGAUUUAUUGAUCGAGAUCGGACCAAGCAACGCCCUUUCUGGACCAAUUAACCAAAUCAAGAAGGCUGUUUCAUCCUCGGUCGACUAUAUUCCGUCCUGGAAACGAGGCGCUGAUGCACUUAACGCCAUGCUGGGAUUGGCUGGACAGCUAUUCAUUAUAGGAUGCCCGAUUCAACUGGCCCAAGUGAACAAGGACACUGAAGCAGCAGCACCCUCAUUGAUCGUCGAUCUUCCGAACUACCCAUGGAACCACGCCACCAAAUAUUGGCAGGAAAGUGAGGCAAGCAGUGACUGGCGGUUCCGCAAGUUUGCUCACCAUGAUCUUCUCGGUACCAAAGUCUUGGGUACUCCGUGGACUCAACCGGUGUGGAAAAAGGCCAUCAAAGUAGAUGACUUACCGUGGCUCCGGGACCACAAGCUCGGUGAUAGCGUGGUCUUUCCCGCGUCUGGAUAUAUUGCCAUGGCCAUCGAAGCUAUAUUCCAAAAGGCCAAAUCCUUGGGUCGCAUCCCUGACACAGCCAGCGUCAACCAAGUAUCAUACAAGUUGCGGAAUAUCACAUUCUUCCGCGCACUAACCGUAGAUGAGGAAUCCGGAAAUACCCAGAUCAUGUUGUCACUUAACCCAUGUACCAGCACGAAGGACAGUUGGCAUGAAUUCAAAAUCUCAUCCAUCUCAAAGGAGGUUGUCAAUGAUCAUUGUCAAGGGCUUGUCAGUCUAUCAGAAGAGGGUAUCCAAGUGGGGCCUGCGAGCGACCUUCUCCCUCUCCUCCACAGCACUCCUGCCUCGACCUGGUACAAGGCAAUGCGGGAUGUGGGAUACAGCUUCGGUCCCAGUUUCCAACAACAACUGCAAAUUGAAUCUACUGCUGGUCAGCGGUCGAACCGAGCCACUGUAUCUCUUUUGGAACCACAAUCCAAAACACCGCAGUCUUUGUACUCAAUGCAUCCCGUGAGCAUUGAUUCUUGCUUCCAGGCGGGUGCACCAUCUGUCUGGGCUGGCCACCGAAGUUCUGUCAAUAUCUUGAUGUUGCCGGCUACGAUAGAUGACCUGACCGUGAUGGCGCAAGCAUCUUCUCCAGAGACAGGCUUAGCUGUUGCAGAUGCAGAGUAUACCGGUGUCGGAAGACAUGAUGAUCCCCGCCGGCUUAAGUCGAAUGUCAAGGUGUAUGACCCAGCCAAUGGGAAUUUGCUCUUCCGACUUUCUGGCCUUCACUACCAUUCCCUCGACGCUACCGUGGAGAGGCAUGCAGCGCACACGUAUACGUGUUUGGAAUGGCAACCGGACGUAUCUUUCCUUUCGGAUAAUAAACUUGAUACCUUGCUUGAGGCAGCAGAGUUUAGCAGCAGCACUGCCCAAGCUGUUGCGAAGAUAGGACAGGUCGUCAACCUUGUUGCUCACAAGAACCCUCGACUGCGGCUCUUUGAGCUGAGCUUAAUUGACAAACCCGAAAGCGUGUGGCUUGAUUGCGUCAAGCCCGUCGCCUCGGAUAUUGCCACGGACCUCGAGUACCGUCUCUCGCUACCAUCGCAAAACUCCGCUCUCUCCGCACAGUCCAAAUACGGAAGCUCGAAUGUGGAGUUUGGCCUUCACGACAUUGAUGCGCCAUUUAGCGAAAUGGAAGACAGGGACACUUAUGAGAUCAUUAUUCUCAAGGCAUCUCCUUGCCACCCGCCCUCGACUAGCCAUAUUGAAAAGGCCCGAAACCAUCUUUCCCAUAGAUGCUUCCUUUUCGUUGUGUACGACACCAGCACAGCUGGAGAAAGCUUAUCCAAACAUGACGGAUUGGAAAGCACUUCAACCGCGCAACCUCCGAAGGAUGCUGGCGAGCUCCAAAUUGCCUCCUUUGAAUCUACCAUAGCUAAGGAAGCUCCACAACCCAGGGUACCUCUCCAUGUCACACACUUUAAGGCCUCGAAUGGACUGAAGUCGAGAACCCUUAGCGACCUCGUCGAGAAUGGGUGGGAGGUCAUUGAACAUUUCCUGCCAUUUAACGAUGUUCCUGAGAAUGGGACUGUCGUCGUACUGGACGAGAUGCAUUCUCCAGUCAUGUCUAACCUAAGCGACGAACAAUUUGAAUCUUUCCGGAACCUCGUCCAACGCCAGUGUCGAAUUCUCUGGGUCACACGAGGUGCGCAGAUGCAGGUGACGCACCCUGAGCAUGCCCUCUUUUUCGGCACAGCGCGAUCGCUAUAUGGCGAGGACCCAACCUCUCUAAUCAUGGUGUUGGACGUUGAGCAUGCAGAUGGGCCAGCCAGCCUAGGUGCUCUUCAUUCGGUAUUGGAACGUCUCGUCUCGGCUCAGAAGUUGCAAGAUGAGGAUCAUGAAUUCAUCGAGAGAGGGGGAAUAGUAUAUAUCAGCCGGAUCGUUCCUGACAAGGCGGUUAACCAGGCCGAGAAGGACAGUAUUUUGGGCCCGGAGCCCCGACAGCAGUCACUGCAUGGUCACCAGUCCACUGUAAGGUUGAUUAGCACGCGGGCUGGCACCAUUGACAGUCUGCAGUAUGCAGAGCAGCCUGACGAAGAAUUUGGAAACCGUGACGUGGAGAUUGAGGUGCAUGCAGCGGCCCUCAACUUCAAAGACUUGGCGCAUGCCCUGGGGUUCUUUCCCUCCAACGAGCGUCGUUUUGGCAUAGAAUGUGCCGGAAUCGUCACUCGACGAGGAAAUGAUGUGGGGUCUGUUUCCGUUGGAGAUCGUGUAGUGCUCGUCCGGAAGGAUGGAGGUGCAUUUGGCAACCGAGUAAUCGGUAUGGUGGAGGGUGUCCAGCGGAUUCCGGAUUGGAUGUCAUUUGUGGAUGCCUCCACCUUCGGAAUUUGCUUCAUGACAGCUAUGUACAGUCUCAUCAAUCUGGCAAACACACAGGCAGGACAGACCGUUUUGAUCCAUGCCGGUGCAGGAGGUGUCGGAUUGGCAGCCAUCCAAAUCUGCCGCCACCUGCAAGCCGAGAUAUACGUGACCGUUGGUUCAGAGGAGAAGCGCCGCUUCUUGAGAACGGAAUACGGCAUCCCAGAAGACCGCAUGUUCUCGUCGCGGUCGAUAUCAUUUUCGAGUGAUCUCAUGUCUGCCACCAAUGGCCGUGGCGCUGAUGUGAUUCUGAAUUCGUUGGCGGGUGAUAUGCUGCACGAGUCUUGGCGCUGCCUGGCCCCGAAUGGAAACUUCAUUGAGAUUGGUAAGAAGGAUCUCAUUGAUCGAAACAGCAUCUCGUUGGCACCAUUUAGCCGCAAUGCUUCAUAUCGGUCAUUCGACCUUCAGGCGAUCCCCAUGCCCACAUUCGACCGCUUGAUGAAACAAAUGGUUGCCUUCGCCAACGAUGGCAUCAUCAAGCCCCUUCCAAUCUAUAGGACAUUCUCCUCUGGCGACAUUGCAAAUGCCUUCCGUUGCAUGCGAGAUGGAAAGCACAUUGGCAAGAUUGUGGUGUCGGAUGGGAACCGCGAUGAUGUUCGAGUACCAGUCAUUCCCGCCGCUCCCGUCCUAAAACUGAGAGACAAUGUUUCAUACCUUAUUGCCGGCGGAUUUAAGGGUCUGUGUGGUAGUCUCGCCCUCUACCUAGCCCGCAUCGGGGCCAAGAACAUUGCGGUCAUGUCCCGUAGUGGAUACGAGGAUUCUGCUUCUCAACGUAUCAUCUACCAUCUUAAGGCCAUGGGAACACACGUGGAUCUGAUCCAAGGUGACAUCUGUGAUGUCAAGGAUGUGCGGCGAGCAUUCGCCUCAACCAACAAGCCGGUCGGUGGAAUUAUCCAAGGUGCAAUGGUUUUGCGAGACAAAAUGUUCACCUGGAUGACACCGGAUGAGUUCCGGACGCCCAUCGCUCCCAAGGUAGUCGGGACCUGGAACCUGCACAAUCUGGCCAUAGAGAACAACCUCGAACUAGACUUCUUCACUCUCCUGUCUAGUGUGAGUGGAGUUGCAGGUCAAAAGGCCCAAACCAACUAUUGUGCUGGGAAUGUCUUCCAGGACUCGUUUGCAGUCUACCGACAUUCUCUUGGUCUCCCAGCAUGCUCUGUCAACUUGGGAGUGGUUGAGGAUGUAGGAUACUUCACAGAACAUGACGACCUCAGUCGUCGAUUGGAGUCGCAGGGCUGGACACCAAUAAAUGAAGCUCUCUUGCACAAAAUCUUACGCUUUUCGAUUCUCCAGCAGACAACAUCGCCGAUAAACCAGGAUAGCAUCUCGCAGCUCAUCACAGGCAUCCCCGUUCCUCUCCUUCCCGCUUCACCACUCCAACCAUCCCACCGGUGGAGCGCGUUAAGGGCGACGGCCGCAGCAACCGGUGCCAUGGGAGGCAACAGCCAAGACAGCCACUUGGUCAGACUUAAGAACGCAGCGGCUUCCCCGAGUGAAGACUUGGACCACCCGGCGCUUGUAGCAUCAGCCGUGGAGGUGGUGAAUGCAGUUCUGAUGCGCAGUCUUGGUUUGCAAAACCCAUUGGAAGAAGGUCGGCCACUAGCCAGCUACGGAAUCGAUUCCCUAGUCGCAGUUGAAUUGCGAAAUUGGACCAGGUCGGAACUUGGUAUUGAGAUCACUGCCUUGGAUAUUGUCGGGGCCAAGACAUUGGGGUUGCUUUGCGAGCUGAUUCUCAAGAGGUUGCUGGCAUAG